AUGGCGUUGUUUUCAAAAGUGUUGAAUUUCAAUUCGGAUAGGAAGCAACUGCUGCUGCUGCCCCUGCUGCUGCUGCCUCAGCUUGGAAGCCGGAUAUUAUCGCCGACACUAUCCUCAAGAUCUAGCUCGGGGCUUACUCCCACAUGUUCUGCAGCAUCUACCGCGUCAUCAUCGAUUGUUCCAACCAAGUCGGCCAGCUCGAUAACCAAGAAAUCAACGCGUUCUCACUCUUCAUCUGCUUCAAAAUCUGGUUCGAAAUCGGCUCCCAAAACAUGUCCCAAUUAUACCGUGACCUUCAAACUAGAGUCGCCCCCUAUAAUCUUGUAUGGGCAGCCUUCUGAAUCUACAGGAUCAAUCUUAUCUGGCCUUUUGCGGCUCGUGACCCAUGCCGAGGUCAAGUUGGAAAAAGUCACAUUGUCUCUUAUUCAAACAAUGAAAUACACCAAACCAUUUAUACUUCCCAACUCGUCGGCCGUGGCCAACUGCUCCGAUUGUGUCAAUAGGACCGAGGUAUUGGCGAGAUGGGAUGUGCUCACUGCACCAACGACUUUCCCCGCUGCUAACCACGCAUAUCCCUUUUCACACCUUCUUCCCGGGUCGCUCCCACCUACUUCCAAGCUUGGCUCUUCCCAUUCUCAGUCUUUUAUCAAAUAUGACCUUAUUGCAGAAGUGCAAGCCACAGACCCCGUGAAUAACAAGACAUUGGUGUUGCCGAUCAAUGUAUCUCGCCUGAUUUUAAGAGGUCCCGACCGCAAUUCCUUGCGAGUCUUCCCACCGACAGAAGUCACCGCUACUGCAGUGCUCCCCAAUGUGAUCCACCCCAAGUCGAGUUUCCCCAUUGAACUCACCUUGGAGAAUAUGGCCAACCGUGAACAACAGCGCCGGUGGAGAAUGAGGAAACUCUCGUGGCGCGUUGAAGAAAACAUCAAGAUUAGAGCGAGAGCUUGUGAAACGCAUGGCAAGAAAUUGGAAACUCUCGAAAAGACGUUUUUGAAGAUUCCAGCAAAGAAGGAUAAGAACCAAGGGUUGCAUCAUAGCACGGUGCAAACUAACAUUUCCUUGCUUGCAAAUCCCAGCACUCAAGUUCAAGGAACGUUUCGUGCAAAUGAAGUAGGCAAUAGAGGAGAGUCAUUGGCCGAUGGAGUGGACCAAAUUGUCGAGAAUGAGAUGAAUGAUAUGGAAGAUACGCUCAGAAGCGGACCGCAAAAUGCACAACAGAGCUUCCUCGAAGAUUUCGGCGAUGGCACACAUAACACCAAUAAUACAUAUAGCCAACAAGCUCAGGGUUCUACCGCAGCGCCAUUGACGCCACAAACCUCAGCACCUGAUCCGCGAGAAUUGGCAAAACAUUUGUACCUUGAAGAAACAAGAACCAUUAGUUACGGCGACAUCAAGUCAGGUUGGAAAUCGGAUUUUUCAGGACUGGGCAAAAUCGAACUCGUUGCUAAUAUAUGUGCCAAUCGGUUUUCAACUGGGUCAAACAACCACAUUACCGAGGUGAGCACCGAUGACACCACCAAGGUUGGCGGGUCAGAUUUCAAAAACGGAGCCAACAUUUCAUGCGAUAUAGAUGACCCCAAUAUUGGGAUAUUUGUCAACCAUACGCUUAUCAUGGAAGUUGUCGUUGCCGAAGAAUUGGUUCAUCGAGUUGAAAGCUCAAGCAACAGCUUACACCCAGUGUCUUCUGCAAACACUCGCGGAGCAACUCUUACCAAUCGAAGAAGAUCAUCGUCUGCAACGGGUUUAGCUCCCGUUGCAUCGAAUGGAAGCUUGCAUAAUCCGCAUCAAACGCAACACUCGCAACAACAACAACAACAUCAUCAACAGCAACCACUGUCACCACCACCACCACCACAACAACAACAGCCACAGCAAAUGGGGUCGCCUACUGGCGCGGCACGAGUGUUGCGGAUGCAAUUCAAGCUACCAGUCACGGAAAGAAGCGGACUCGGUAUAGCUUGGGACGACGAAGUGCCGCCAACUUACGAAGACGUACGAACUUUGUCGCCGCCAAACUACCAUGACCGUAGAGAUAGCAUUUCGAAUGUCUUGCCGAGUGCUCCCCAGAGCGCCGUUUUGCAUGAUAGUGUCAAUGGCACACCCAGUGUUCUUUAUGGAAGAGGCGACACCCCCGUUGUUGGAAGCUUUACUCCCUUGGGCAGUGGAGAAGGUAUGAGGAGUUUGAACGGCGUGAUUGAUAACAUUCAAGAGCUCUCUUUAUAG